GCACUUAAAUGACAGUAAUAACAAGGAAAAAAAGUUUCCCCGUCUACGCAAAUAUAGGUACUUGCCGUCGUUUGCAACUUGCUAGAAUUUAUUAGAACUAUUUCCAAGAAACUAUCGAUCCAAAUUUAUGUAAUUUUCCAAAAAGUUGAAUACAUUUAGUAGAUCCAGAAGAGUGCAAUGUUAUUUAGUGAAAUUAGAAAUGAGUAGCAGUUACUAUUUUGCAAUUGUCGGUCGCAACGAUAAUCCAAUCUUUGAAAUUGAAAUCGUAAAUGCGAACAAGGAAGUGAAGAAGGAAGAUCAUAGACACCUAAAUCAAUUUAUUGCUCAUGCAGCGCUUGAUCUGAUUGACGAACAUAAAUGGAAAACUAAUAACACCUAUCUCAAGUCAAUUGACAAAUUCAAUCAAUGGUUCGUUUCUGGUUUUGUGACUGCAUCCCAAUUGAGAUUUGUAAUGGUACAUGAUAACAGAAACGACGAAGGUAUCAAGAAUUUCUUCAAUGAAAUGUACGAGAUUUACAUAAAAUAUUUAAUGAAUCCAUUCUACACUCCAAACACCGCUAUAAAAUCGGCUACUUUCGAAAAAAAAGCUCAGUUCUAUGGCAAAAAGUUUCUUGGUUCGUAAAAAAUCCCAGCAAUAAGUUAAUAGUAUGUGAUUUGCUUUUGUAUCAAUCAUUACUUUUUGUAAGAACAAAAAAUAACGUUCUAAAGAUUAUGUAAUGAAAAUAAAACGCUUUUUGUUGUA